UCUCUCCUCCUCUCCUGCCAGUCUGGGAGAAUUUCAUUUUCAUUUUCACUUAGCACUUCGAGAGCUUGGUGGAGAUUGGCCACUAGUUUGUUGAGAGAAUCCUGACCACACUCUGGCCUGCCUCCACGCUUCCCCCAAGGAGCCACGACUUCUCAACUGGUGUCUGAAGGGAUCUGUGAGCAAGAGGAACCACUGAGGUCAGGAGAGAUAGGAGCAAGGGAGCAGCUACUAUGGCUUCUAAACUCCUGACAAACAUAAAGGAGGAGGUGACCUGCCCCAUCUGCCUGGACCUCCUGAAGGAACCCCUGAGCCUGGACUGUGGCCACAGCUUCUGCAAAGCCUGCAUUACUGCAGCAAACAAGGAGUCCAAGACAAGCCAGGAAGAGAAGAGCUCCAAUUGCCCUGUAUGCCAAUUCCAUUACUGCGCUAAGGAGCUGCGGCCUAACUGGCAUGUGGCCAAUAUAGUGGAGAGGUUCCGAGAGGUCAAGGUGAGCUCUGAGGAGGGGCAAAAGAGAAAUCUCUGUGAACGCCAUGAAGAGAAGCUCCUGCUCUUCUGUAAGAAGGAUGGGAAGGUCCUUUGCUGGGUUUGCGAGCGGUCUCAGGAGCACCGUGGUCACCAAACGGUCCCCAUGGAUGAGGCUGUCCAAGAGUACCAGGAGAAGCUCCAGACAGCUCUGCAGAAGGUGAGGGAGGAGCAGCAGGAAGCAGAGAUGUUGAAAGCUAACCUCAGAGAACAGAGAACCUCCUGGAAGAAUCAUAUGCAAAAUGAGAAAAGGUAUAACCAGACACAGUUUAAAAAACUGAAGACUAUGCUGGAGCAUGAGGAGAAGAACAUAGUGCAGAAGCUGGACAGUGAGGAGAAAACUAUUCUCGACUCCUUGGACUCAGUGGAGGAUGAGCUGGCCCAGCACAGGCAGAUGGUAAAAGACCUGAUUUCAGAACUAGAGCAUCGGCUUCAGGAGUCAACAGUAGGCAUGCUUCAGGAUGUGCAUUCCGUCAUGGAAAGGAGUAAGAACUUGACUCUGAAGAAACAAAAAGCUUUUCUUAAGGAACAAAAGAAAGUGAAAGUGUCCCAAAUUCCUGAUCUGGAAGUGAUAAUGCAAAUGUUUAGAGGUGAGGAAUGCUAGAGCAUGGUAAGUGGCUGUGGGAGUCUUGUGGGCAGAGGCCUAAAGGAGAAAAGGGCACCAUUUCUAGGUAUGGAGAGAGAACACAAAGGACAUCACAUGAUGAUAUGGUCAUAUUUGAUGGGGAGUGGCCAGGUGUCUGGGGCAUAAUCUCCUUCACCAGUUCACUACCUCGCCAUAGUCCCCAGUCCUUCCCCUAUACUUUAAGGGAAAGAGAUUUCAGGGCUGCCUCCUUUUCUUGUCUUGAUUAUGUUUUUUUUUUUUAUUAUUUGAGAGCUGACACAUGUAGUGCUACUGAGGUGAGGAGAAAUCAGUGUCAUCAAGCCACCUUGUUCUCAUCACCUUUCAGAAUUUUUCAUUCCUAGUAGGUCUCAUGUUCCAACACCCAUGUUUUCCCUUCUAACACAUACAUAUAUAUUCUGCUUCUGUAGUGUUAUACCUCUCCCCAAGAACAGAACAGAAUUCUUCCCAGUUCUCGCUCAAGUUAUUCCCAAGAUCCCUCUCACAGUGUCACGAAUAAAGCUAUGUCAUGUCUUUCACCCAGCCCCAAUUUUUCUGCAGCUCACAUGACUCCAAAUCAUCUCCAAAAUACAACAUAUACUGCCUGUUUCUACAGAUAAAAGACAAAUGAGAUGUAUGUGCUGUUGGAAACCGAAUAAUGCAUAUAAUAACAAUUAAUUUGUCCUGGGCUCCCUGGUUAUUGGGUUUUGGGAAACAUUACUGGGAGGUAGAUCCUGGAGGUAUAGGAAGGAAAAUGCCCAGAACCCAAUGUGAAAUUUCAUGAUAGACUUGAUUGAAAUGAUCAACAUCUUCAUUCUAUGUUUCUACCACAUGUGAUUACUUCAUUAAAAGGUGCCACAUCAACUUGAAUAUAAUGCUUUUGAGGGGUCAUCCUUCUUUGAUCCCUUCAUCUUAAUCCUGGCCCUGUUUGCCCCUCCCCACUGUGUUGGAGCUUUCCUAGACUAUGAGGCUGGCACUGUCUCAUUUUUGAGUGUCACAAACCACAGGUUUCUCAUCUAUAAAUUCUCUUCAUGUUCCUUUUCUCAGGAUGCUUUUCCGUAUUUCAACCCUGUGAAAUAUAAUGACCCUGUAGUCUGUGCUCACCAAGCUCUUGAACCUUCUUACACCCCUGCUAAGUUCCUUGUAGUGCUUGUUGCUUUGGGUGCAGCUGAUGCUUCAAGCUUAUCUGUGCCAUUCUCACCAUCUUUUCCUUGCUGCCUUCCUUUCCUCCAUUUGAACACCCUUCAUUCAGGAGAAGAUAUCAAAAUUAAUAAUUAAAAGUGAUAGUUUCAUGUCCAGAGUGUCUGGGUUCCUGUCCUGUCUCUCCACACAAUUCAAUGGAACCUUGAAUAAUGUACAUGAAUGCUGUGUUUAUUUUCUUAAAAUCAUCUUGGUGUGAAAACUGCAGCAUAUUUAGGAUUACUGUAAGAAAAUAAAUGUCAUUAUAAACAUCUAA